CCCCUUUUCUCGCUCUCCGUAGCUACCAUCCGAAGGUGCAUCGGCAGCGAGCAACAGAUGGAAAAGGCAGGGAGAAACUAGGCGAGGAAAAAGUCUUUAUUGCGGCGCAGCACAACACCCGGACGCCGGAAGACCUUUCCCGGCUCAGCUCCGGAACGCUGCGCAGCCCGUAACUUUUCAGAAGAGCGACGAGGAGGAGGAGGGAGGAGAUAAAGCGCUCCGCUGUUUAGGAGCGGGGGUGGGGGGCGUAGUGGGAGAGUGGAGGUGACUUGAUUUCUUCCGUAGCCAGAGUUAGGGUGCUCCAGCUGGCUGGACGAGUCCCUCCCCGCGGUGCAGGCGGCGCGCUUCCCCCCUGCCGGUCCUCCUUUCCUGAAUGGGGUCUCCCCGGAGGAAGAGGCUCUGCCUUUGGUUCCUGAUAGGAUUAGCGCUCUCUGUCAUCUUCCUCGGACACUACUACACGGCGGAUUCGCCCGUCUGCCCCGGCACUGUGGCCAGAACAUGUCAGCAAGAAAGGUGGGAUCUAGAAGAAGCAGGAAUAUUGCAAGAUGUCAGAAAUCGUGACCUGACCAGAAGAACCAUCAUGAAGAGGGGAAAUUCAACCCAAGAUGCGUCUAACCCUAAGGAGAAGGCCAGAUCAUGCCCUUGGUCAUUAAAAUCCAAGGUGAAGCACAAUCCCACAUUUGAGAAGCAGUUUGAUUUUGAUAUCCCUGUGUUUAUGUGGGAGCAACACUUCACCCCUGAGACUUGGGGGAGGCUGAAGGACCGCAGUGUUCCAUAUGGUUGGCGUGAUGUGCCAUAUCCAGUUAUUGCAUCCACGGUGCAACUUCUCAGUGAAUCUGUCCACAGUCAGCUAGUCGAUGAAGCCAGGUUCCUUAACUGUUGCAUCUGCUGUGCCGUGGUUGGGAAUGGAGGAAUUCUGAAUGGGUCUCGCCAAGGGAAGAAGAUAGAUGCUCAUGACUUUGUCUUCAGGCUUAACGGGGCAGUCAUCAAAGGCUUUGAGGAAGAUGUUGGGACGAAGACUUCCUUCUAUGGUUUUACAGUGAACACUAUGAAAAAUUCCCUUGUUGCUUAUGCAGAAUAUGGUUUCACACAGAUCCCACAGGGAAAAGACAUACAGUACAUUUUCAUUCCAUCAAACAUUCGAGACUAUAUCAUGCUUCGGUCUGCCAUACUAGGCAGCCCUGUCCCAGAGGGCUAUGACAAGGGUGAUAGCCCCCAGAAAUACUUUGGAUCUGAGGCAUCUGCAGGGAAGUUCAAGUUGCUGCACCCAGAGUUCAUGCAUUAUCUAAAAGAAAGGUUUUUAAAAUCAGAAAUUAUUAACAGUCAGUUUGGUCAUCUCUAUAUGCCCAGCACUGGAGCACUUAUGCUUUUAACAGCUCUGCACACUUGUGAUCAGGUCAGUGCUUAUGGAUUCAUCACAGAGAAUUACAGGUUGUUUUCAGAUCAUUACUAUGAGCAGGAGAAAAAGCCCUUGGUGUUCUAUGCCAAUCAUGAUAUGCUGCUAGAAGCUGAGCUAUGGAAGAGCUUGCACCGAGUUGGCAUCAUGAAGCUGUAUCAGCGAUGAAGGCAGUAAUUCUUCAUGUGGGAAAGAACAAAAGUGCAUCUCUCCUUGAGUCCCUCUGUAUGAGAGCUCUCCUGGUCAAGAGGAACCCUUCCUUUGUCUCCAGAAAUGAAACUGAUCAGCAGCAGGCUCCAAGCACAUUUAAGAUAGCAUUGGAACAGCCAAGUAUCCUGUGAAAAUCAUUCCUGUUACAUUUGGUAAAGAUAGACCUAUCUGCUGUUACUACAGUGUAGUAACUUACUACUGUAAGUUACUGCUGUACAGUGGUAUCUCAAAUACAGUCUCAUUCAUGUAUGCAAGUAUUCUCUUAUGCUUGGAGGUAAAAUGGUUGAUCAUCAUGGAGCAUCGGUCUGAUUCAGUGUUGCAGAUUUGGGCAUCACUCCACUAUCCUCCAUUUAGGACAUGUCCAGCAUGAUGCUGAGGACCACAGAACUGUGCUUGCAGGUGUCAGUACUAUAGAUGCAGAAGGCCACAAUCAUCAGAACAGGGCUCCUAUACAUGGCACACAUCCAGGAAAAAUGGCUUUAUUGAAGGCGAACAAGUUCUGAUAAAGUGAAAUAGGACCUAGCAAUGGGCACUUUGGAUUACUUGUUUCUAUCAAGAAAGGGACAUCUUCCCCCUUCCAAAAGGCAGUACAGUGGUUUACCCCAGAAUUUAAAUCUGUCUUAGACUAUAUAGAUCUCUGGAAAACACCCGCUAUGCAGCAUCCUUAUUUCAUCCACCCACACUCCAUAAGCUUGAACUCAGGGAUCCUUUUAGGUGUACAAAUAUUGGCCCACUUCUGUUUUCACAAUCAGCUACCAACGGUACUGAGUAACCCCUCCACGGUGGGAGAGAUCAGCCUUCUGGUUGUUGCAGGGCCAUUGGAUACUAGAUCAUUCAAAAUAAAUCUGCGCUAAGAAAGUUGUGGGCAAUAUCUCUGCGAAUGUUUCUGUAGUCUGAAUUUCUCUGAAGGCGAACCAUGGCUCGGGACAAAGGUAGUUCCAGAUGCAGUGGUUUGUGCAGAAUACCUAACAAAUCCAGGUGUUCUUAUUAAAUGUAUGUAUGUAUAAAGUAGCAAUAAAUGUGAGUGCGUUACUGCUA